GAAGGGGCGGGGGCCGCUCGGGUCACGUGACCGUGGAGGUGCCGCCACGUGGGCGGGCACGGCAGCGCCCUCUGCCCAGCAGUCGCCCCCGGCCCUUUCUCAGCCCCCUCUUCGGGUGGAGAAGCCCGAUGGCAGCUCCCGGCCCUCGCGGGGACAGGUGAGCACCGCCGCAGAGCCCUCCUUCCGGUGCCUCCCAGAUGGGCGACAGGAGGCUCCUGAGGCUGCUUCCAGGCUGUGAGCUGCCCUAGGUCUGCAGAUCUGCUGGAGGUGGACCGCCGUCAUGGCCCAGCCACUAUCCUUAGUUCUCGAUGUCUCUGAGAUCUCAGGGGACCAGGACCCUGAGCUCAGCCCCUAUGAGGAGAGCGAGGUGCAUGACUCCUUCCACCAGCUCAUUCAGGAGCAGAGCCUGUGGAUGGCUGAGGAGGGCCUGGAGCUGCAGCAGGUAGCAGGAAACCUGGGGGCCUCAGCCAGUGGUCACCAGAUCCUGCCGGGCGCAGAGGGUGGCCUAGUCUACAGCACUGCCACACUCAACAUCUUGGCCAGCAUGCCCAGUCGUACCAUUGGCCGCAGCCGAGGUGCCAUCAUCUCUCAGUACUACAACCGCACAGUCCGAAUGCGGCGCAGGAACAGCCGGCCACCGCUUGGGCCAGUGGUGUGCUCGGCCCGGCCCAGCCUCCGCCUUUACGACCUGGAGCUGGACUCUGCAGCCCUGCAGGAAGAUGAGAAGCGAAGGCUGCUGGUGAAGGAGCUUCAGGGCCUGCCAGCAGCCCAGCGAGACCACAUGCUCCGGGGGAUGCCCCUGAGCCUGCAGGAGAAGCGCUUCUUGCGAGAGAAGAGCCGGAUCCCAAGGGGAAAGCAGAGGAGCCGGCAGGGCUGUGGCGGGGUCUUUUGCUGCAGCCAGCUCCGAUAUACCUGCGCUCUGGCCCUGCAUAGCCUGGGGCUGGCACUGCUCACCUGCCUGCAUGCCCUGAAGCCCUGGCGUUACACCCUGAAGCAGAUCGGAGGCCAGUUUGGCUCCAGUGUGCUCUCCUACUUCCUCUUCCUCAAGACCCUACUGGCCUUCAAUGCCCUGCUGCUGCUGCCACUGGUGGCCUUCUUGGUGGCUGUGCAGGCUGCCUUUCCACCUGAGGCGCGCCCUGUCCCCACAUGCACGGGGCUGGAGCUCCUCACAGGCGGGGGCUGCUUCACCCACACCGUCAUGUACUACGGCUACUACAGUAACGCCAUGCUGAAUGUGCCAUGUGGCUCCCCGCAGUGUAGCCCCAGAGCGGGCAGCCUGCCCUAUGAUAUGCCCGUGGCCUAUCUCUUCACUGUGGGGGCAGCCUUCUUCAUCACCUGCCUCACCCUGGUGUACAGCAUGUCCCACUCUUUUGGAGAGAGCUACCGGGUGGGCAGCACCAAGGGUGCCCACGCCAUCACUGUCUUUUGCUCCUGGGACUACAAGGUGACCCAGAAGUGGGCCUCCCGCCUCCAGAGAGACAAUAUUCGCACUCAGCUGAAGGAGCUGCUGGCCGAGUGGCGGAUGCGCAGGGCUUCCCAGAGCACAUGUGGACGGCUGCGGCGGGUGGCCACGCUGGUGCUAGUAUGGCUGCUGUGCCUGGGAGCUGCGCUGGGCUGUGCGGUGGCUGUCCUCACCUUCUCGGAGGUCACAAUCCAGAGCCCGGUGGCGGCUGGUCAGGAGGCAGGGCUGCUGGUCCUGCCUGUGGUUGUCUGCCUCCUCAACCUGGUCGCCCCCUACCUGUUCCGCUGCUUGGCCAUCCUGGAGCAGCACGACUCCCCGGUGCUGGAGGUGUACGUGGCUAUCUGCAGGAACCUGGUCUUGAAGAUGGCCAUCCUGGGCGUGCUCUGCUACCACUGGCUGGGACGCAGGGUGGCCACGCUGCAGGGCCAGUGCUGGGAGGACUGUGUGGGCCAGGAGUUGUACCGGUUCCUGGUGAUGGACUUCGUCUUCGCACUCCUCGACUCACUUUUUGGGGAGCUGGUAUGGAGGUGAGAAGUCCAAGUGGCUGGGCUGGUACCAUCCACCCUGCGUCCUCCUGAGCACCCCCUGGCAAGGGCAGGGCUGGACCUCCCCCAAGGGUACACCCAAAUCCUGCCCCCUAAAGGUCAUUGGUUCCAGGAGAUGCUUUUGGGGUGGAACAGGAUGUGUUUAUAGGCUGGAAAGUGAAGUUUCCCAGUGAUGUGUGUGCGGUAGAGCUUGUGUCUUG